AUGCAGGCCGGGUUUACGAACACGCGUCUCGCCCAUGCACUGACUGACUCGAUGACUUGCGGGGGCUACCCGAUGUGCCAUGUAGCAAUACGCAGACAGUUCUUUACAAGCUGCAUCUCUUCAUCUCUUCACUCAUUCCCACAGCUGACUGAGAAGAUGCUUGACUCGUUGGGAGGCAGGCAACAGAGUUCCCCGUGGUUCGACAAUCUUUCGUCGGCUGUCAACAGUAACUCGUCCGUCUCUUCUGGAUCACCGCCGAGUCUCUCAUCGCAUCUUGGCAACUCAGACGUUCUCUCUCGUCCUUCGUGGCUCUUCAGCAGUCAGCCGAUUCCCGAUUCUCUUUCGACACCUACUGAAGCGCUUUCCUCGCUGUUGGAUACAUUCUCCUCACCAGUGUCGGAUAGCUGUGGGGGUUUUCCAAUUGGUCAAAUCACUGGACCUUCAUACAAACAAAUGGCGACCUCGAAUCGGUUUGCACAACCAAGUCGCCGAGCGUUUGGGAUGAUGUCUUCGCAUUACGAAACAAGUAAUUCUCUCGGAGCUCCAGGAACUCCAAUAAAUGGUAACGCGAUAACUCCGGCGAAUUUAAAUUCUAUGAUGGGAAUCGUUACGCCCCCAAAUGCGCCUCCUCCAAAGAACCCAAAGCUGUACAAAACAGAAUUGUGCCGUUCUUGGAUGGAUCACGGACGUUGUAAUUAUGGGGAAAGAUGCCAAUAUGCUCACGGUGAGCAAGAAAAGCGUCCGAUUCCACGCCAUCCAAAGUACAAGACGGAGGCGUGUCAGUCCUAUCACCAGUCCGGAUAUUGUCCAUACGGGCCUCGAUGUCAUUUCAUUCAUAGUGAGACGGAUUUGCUUUCGAAUCUUCAAACACCGCCAUCUUCGUCAAUGCGAACUAACCCCAACGCGUUUAUUCCACCAGUAUGCUCCCAACAGCUGUCUUCUUCAUUCGGAGCUCAUCUUGGUCAGACAAUGACUGGGCAGGGAAAUACACUGAUAGGUACUCCAAUGUUACAACGUAUAUCCUCAUUACCCGGGUAUGGCAGUACUGGAGAGUCGACAGCUGGCAGUAGUUCAGCUGAUAGUGGAUCUGAUUCACCGAAUGGAAGUUUCUCUCCUGGACUCGAUUUGGACGAAAAUGGGUCGUUCGGAACUGGGUUUAUGGCGCCCCUUCCUGUCAAUCAACGAAACAUGAAUCAGCAGUUACCGAACUCACUCAGCUACGACUUGAGUAGAACGAGCACUGAUCCUAUGAUGAACGGCCUCAUUGGAGACAUUAUGUCGCUAACGUUCGACGAGAAAUGGGAAAGGGCACCCGGUCGUCUGCCAGUGUUCGCCCAGCUCAGCAAUGCCCAGUAG